AUGGAAUUGGCCGGAGAACGACUGGAAUCGCAUUUUGGACUAUUUUUAGGCGAAAAUUCGCAAAUUUUUGAGUUUUCAAAACAAAGCUAUAUGACGACGAUGAAAUUUCGAAAGAAAAUCGUCUAUCUUCUCUUGGUCCUCGGGUCCACCUAUCUCUCUGACAAGCUCACUGCUGCUGCAAACCGCAUCGUCUACCAAAGACAGCUCUCCCCAUAUCCAGACAAUCCGCCGUUGGGUUCAUCUUCAGGCAAUCAUGAUCUGGAUGUGAAGCCAAACUCCAACUCCCCACAGUACCCUGACCACCAUGCACUCUCUGACACGGAUCCUCAACGCUCUCGGCGUAAUUCCAAUGAUUCCUUUGACACGUCCGUUGAACUCCUCCUGAAAGCAUCCCGUGUCAUCAAUGGAAUCGCCCUCCAACAAGGUCUCUCCACUGGAACCAUCACUCCCGUCGUUCUUAUUUCGGAUCUUCUCAAUCUGGAAUCCGUAAACUCUAUCAAAUUAAUCAAUACUGACGAUUUCCAACCAUUGCUCAAGGAUAUCAAAGAACUUCCGCAAAAAUUGGUUAGCGAUGCUGAAAUUGAAAAGAUGGAGGAACGAUUCUUGAUCUACAGUGAUGCGAUUGAUAGGACCAAUGGAAUGGAGAAAGGAGUCACGAUUCCAGGAAUUGAUGUGUACUUCACUGCUGUCAAGAAGUUGUCGGAGUCCGUUCCUGACCUGGCUGCAUCCAACUUAAAAGAUUUGUUAGUAAAUCUAAUUGCUUUGAAGACGGACGAGAAGACAAAGGAGGUUUACACAAACAAUCGGCUCUCCAAUUUUCGAACCGCCAUUGACACUAUCAAGACUAUGGCAUCGACGCGUUUGGCUGUGGAUAACGUCCUCAGAUAUCCCGUAUCAGUUCUCGGACCGCUCUUCAAUGUCAAUGAAGUCCUCCAGAAGUUCGAAGACAAUGAUAUGAAACUUGUUGUUAACCCCAAAGAUACUCCCAUCAUGAAAAAAGUAGGAUCCAACGUCAAAAUUCUCGGAGACUUUUCGAAAGCUGUGAGUUCUCUUCAAUCGAAAGUUCACACUCUUCAUCAAGUUUUCACUGGUCGUCUGCAUCAGAGUGGAAAUCGCAAAUUGAGUUGUACAGCUGGAUUUGCCGAUGGAGUUUUGGAUCUUGGACUUGUUUCUAAUGAUUUGAAAGAUGAAUGGGUGAAGAAAGCAGUCGAUGGACAAUCAGAUUCCAUUGCCAAAGCCCUCGAUCAACUUGGACCUCUUCAACUGAACACUCAGGCUGCAGCAAGAUCUCUCCGAUUGGCUGAUGGUGACAAAUCUGCUUUGGAGAGUCUUACCAACCUUGUCGCUUCUGUUCCUCAAGCCGACGGUUCAUUAAACGAUCUAUCCUCAUCGAUCGAAAAGUUCUUCAUCACGAAAUCAAUCUCGGAUAUGAGCCCAACCAAUAUGCAGGAGUUUCAAACAAUUUUCAACUAUAUCAAAGUCUUGCCGGAACAUUUGGACGCCAUCAAGCAAGCGAACAAAAUUGCUUCAGCUGUAGCCAAGGACGAAGCCGGAGACCUUUCGGAUAUUCUUGGAAUCAUCAAGGAUUCAUCAGGAGCAACUGCAUUUGAGCAAUUGGACAAUCUUCGGAAAUCAGCUGCAUUCGAAAAUCUGAGGAACUCGCUCGAAAGUGGUGCCAAAUCCUAUGAAGUGUUGACGAAAAAAGAUGGAAAUGGGAAAGCUCCGAAAUCGGUGAUCGAUAUGGCUAAGGAGAUCGACACGAAAAAGGCGGUAAUUCAAAAGUAUACUGAUGGAUUAAUCCCAUUUCUGCAAGAAAUUGAUAAGUUGAGAAAGCUGCCAGGAUCCAAAAGCCUUGGAGCAGCAAUCAGAGCAAUUCAAGAGCAUCGGAAGUCGGUUGUAAGUGUGCCAGAUGUCCAACAGAUUUCCGGAUGGGUCAAAACAGCCAAGACCACUCUCUCCUCACUUGAGAAUUCAGUCAAGGAAAUGGGAGGAAUGAAGAGUAUCGAGAAGGACGCGUUGGCAUCCACAAACAAAAUUCUCAAAGAUUCACAAACUAUCGGAUCGUCGGCUCGAGUGUUUCGUGGCAUGAAAAUGAUUUUGGAGACGAGUCUCGAUUUGGAUGAUGUCCAGAUGGAGAAGGUCAGGAAGUACGUGAUUGGAGUCUCGGAUCCAAAAGAUAGAAAGAACUUGGAAGAUUUGAUGGCGCUGGAUCAGAAGAUCAACACACUGAAACAAGAAGUCAACCAGGUCAGAUCUUCUAUCAAGCCUCCAAAGUCUCCUGAUUUCAUUUCUCUCAACGAAGUCAUCCAAACUGCAAAAGGAUUAUCUGGUAUUCCAAUGGACUUCUUUGCAAUUGGUAAAUCUGUGGAAAAGAUGUCGGAGCAGCUCAAGGACCGGGAUCUUCUGAAAAUCAAAAAAGUUCUCGAUCAGCUGGAUACAUUUGGCUUGGAUUUCGCUCGUCACAAGACCGCAAUUGGUGCAUCGAAGGCUGCUCUCGGCAACGUCGAUCUACUUUUUGUUGCUUACGGAAAAGCUAUGCACAAACCGAGCAAAAAGUCCGAUGAUAAAAAAGUGCUCUACAUCAGUUUGGGAGCUACUGCUGGUUUCCUCAUCAUUGCAACCCUGACCGUGACCUUGAUUUGGUGGCGUUGUCCAAUUGGUUGUUGUCGCACAAAAGUAAUACAUCACUACGACACCACCGUGUUGCCACCUGUUAAACCCGUAAUUGACGAAGAACCUGCUCCAACUCCUGAUCUCGGUGGAUCUGCUCCUGUUAAAUCCGGUCCACCAGUUCCACCUGUACAUGAAUCGCCUGCACCUGAGCGUGAAGAAGAGCCCACUCAGCAAGGUAGGCGAACUUCAGACAUAGAAAUACAAUACUGUAACAAUUCCCUUCUUUCAGAACAUCCUGUCGCAAAUAUCACUCCUAGCCAAGAAGAAGCAGUUUUCUUUUCUGUGAAUAACUGUGCCGCCCGUUACCGUACUUUGCUACUAGAGAAAUUUUUGGGCAGUUUGUCGCCAGUCGAAUACUGGCUUCUUUUCGUGGACACCAGAUUCAAAACGGAUUUGGAGAAUUUGCCCGCGACGUCGAAGGAAGUCCAUGCGAUGCGAGCAUGGCAAAGAAAGAAUGUUUCACUGGGUCUCAACGGAAUGUUCUCGGAUAAAGACUGGCCGUUGUUCGCAAAAGGAUGGAUUCAUGCGAACAUGAUUACCUAUUCGAAUGGGUUCAGAAUCGUUCUGUCACAAGCACCACAGACUGAAAACAGCACCAGAAAGUGUAACAUUGGUCACUUUUGGUCGGCAGUCCGCUCCCGAGGAUCCAAUAUGGUCGUUUGUUUGACCAAGUUCAUGGAAGUUGACCUCUUUUUGAUUUCUCUCAUAGGAACUGAGAUAAUUGAGUUCAAAUUGUACUUUAUCCCAGGAGACGAUGAGAAGUGCAGUCCAUACUUUCCACUGACCCAAGGAACCACAGAAACGUAUGCCAAUGGAAUAGUCACCAUCACAUGCAUUUCUGUGACCACUUCUUUCGAUGGAGAGCUGACGAUUCGAGAGCUGAGAAUCACAAUUGGUAAUGGUCAAUCAUUCACCGUGCGACACUUCCACUACACCGGAUGGCCGGAUUUCGAGAUUCCGAGACGGACCGACGUCGUGCUGGCGAUCUACCAAGAAAUCAUUGAUCGCGGGAACACGCCAUUCGUUCAUUGCACAGCCGGACUCGGAAGAAGUGGAGUGUUGGCUCAACUGUUGGGCAACAUGAUUUCGUUCGAAUCGAGAGGUUACCAUCUCGAACAGACUGUAGUUCUGAACGAGAUUCGUCAUUUCCGUCCGGGAGCCGUCCAGACUCAAGCUCAACUGUGGUUUGCUGCCGUUCUCACCAUUGAAGCUGUCCGCAUACUCAAUUAUCUCAGAUCUUUUAUGAGAUAUCCAAAAUCUGUUAACUGUGAAAAUAGAGUUGGCGUCGCGAUGACUGCAAAAGCUCUGAAGAUCUACGGCAAUCUUAUCGUACCAGCGAAGGAGUAUUUGGCGAAAGGAGUCACCGAUGCGACAUUCAAAGCCAUCGACGCCAAAUUGACAUCGAAAAAUCACAUGACGGAUAAGCAGAAGGCAGAAGAGAUGGAGAAGAAAUACAAGCAAACGGUCUUGGAGUUGAAAGCGGCCCAAACUCCACCUCCAGCCACACCAUCUGCUUCUAGCUCUUCCAACGUGAUGUCUCUAAGAGAUAACAACGAAAUGGACAUCCAGAAGCUCGAGCAGGAAGUGGGUGGAAUGCGAACGGCUACGUCUGAUACCAAUGUUGCCGGACCGUCGAGAUUGAGUCUUGAAGCACCGAUCAGUCAACAGAAGAGCAAACGAUCCAAGACACCAGAUACCAAGGAGAAGAAGAAGAAGGCCGGGAAGAAGAAGAAGGCAGCGGCCGCGGAGGCCGGAAUGACAGUGGCCGAGUCUCUCGGGACUCAACCAUCGGAUACGAAUGUCAGGAAGCUGUGA